AAAUGAAGUGCGCGCUGCGACACCUCCCAGCUCUCCAAGCUCAGCCGCCAUUUCCUCGCCUGGCCUAACGGUCCGGCCAAUCCCAGCGCGCAUCGAGAAGAGCUAAGGCUCCGCCAAUCGGAGGCCGCCAAUUUCGACCCCUUGCCUCGGCCUGGCCCAAUCCAGGCUCCGGCCCCGUCGCCCCCGGCCCGCCCCCGCGGCGCCCUCUCUCCUCCCUCUUUGUGCGUCUCGCGCCGCCGCCGCCGCCCGCCGCGUGAGAGGACGGGCUCCGCGCGCUCCGCGGCAGCACAGUCAGGUCCCCUCCCCCCAGAAGAUUCGCGAAGGAGAAACCGCCGCCGCCGCCGAAAAGGAGCCGCCGGUGCCGGUCCCUGGGGGGCGCCAUGGCGACCGGAGCGAACGCCACGCCGCUGGACUUUCCCAGUAAGAAGCGGAAGAGGAGCCGCUGGAACCAAGACACAAUGGAACAGAAGACGGUGAUUCCAGGAAUGCCUACGGUUAUCCCCCCUGGACUUACUCGGGAACAAGAAAGAGCUUAUAUAGUGCAACUGCAGAUAGAAGACCUGACUCGUAAACUGCGCACAGGAGACCUGGGCAUCCCCCCUAACCCUGAGGACAGGUCCCCUUCCCCUGAGCCCAUCUACAAUAGCGAGGGGAAGCGGCUUAACACUCGUGAGUUCCGCACCCGCAAAAAGCUUGAAGAGGAGCGGCAUAACCUCAUCACGGAAAUGGUUGCCCUCAACCCUGAUUUCAAGCCACCUGCAGAUUACAAACCUCCAGCAACACGUGUGAGCGAUAAAGUAAUGAUUCCACAAGAUGAGUAUCCAGAAAUCAACUUUGUGGGGCUGCUGAUCGGGCCCAGAGGGAACACCUUGAAGAACAUAGAGAAGGAGUGUAAUGCCAAGAUCAUGAUCCGGGGAAAAGGCUCUGUGAAAGAAGGGAAAGUUGGGCGCAAAGAUGGCCAGAUGCUGCCAGGAGAAGAUGAGCCGCUUCAUGCCCUGGUUACUGCUAAUACCAUGGAGAAUGUGAAGAAAGCAGUAGAACAGAUAAGAAACAUUCUGAAGCAGGGUAUCGAGACUCCUGAGGACCAGAACGAUCUACGGAAGAUGCAGCUUCGAGAGUUGGCUCGUUUGAAUGGGACCCUUCGGGAAGACGAUAACAGGAUCUUAAGACCCUGGCAGAGCUCAGAGACCCGCAGCAUUACCAAUACCACAGUGUGUACCAAGUGUGGAGGGGCUGGCCACAUUGCUUCCGAUUGCAAAUUCCAAAGGCCUGGUGACCCUCAGUCAGCUCAGGAUAAAGCGCGGAUGGAUAAAGAAUACUUGUCCCUCAUGGCUGAACUGGGGGAGGCACCUGUGCCCGCAUCUGUGGGCUCCACCUCUGGGCCUGCCAGCACACCCCUGGCCAGUGCACCUCGGCCCGCUGCUCCCGCCAACAAUCCACCUCCGCCGUCUCUCAUGUCCACUACCCAGAGCCGCCCACCCUGGAUGAAUUCUGGCCCGUCAGAGAGUCGACCCUACCAUGGCAUGCACGGAGGUGGCCCUGGUGGGCCCGGAGGUGGCCCACACAGCUUCCCACACCCAUUACCCAGCCUGACGGGCGGGCACGGUGGACAUCCUAUGCAGCACAACCCGAAUGGACCCCCUCCUCCUUGGAUGCAGCCGCCGCCACCACCGAUGAACCAGGGCCCCCACCCACCUGGGCACCAUGGCCCUCCUCCAAUGGAUCAGUACCUGGGAAGUACGCCUGUGGGCUCUGGGGUCUAUCGCCUGCAUCAAGGAAAAGGUAUGAUGCCGCCGCCACCUAUGGGCAUGAUGCCACCGCCGCCGCCGCCUCCCAGUGGGCAGCCUCCACCCCCUCCCUCUGGUCCUCUUCCCCCAUGGCAGCAGCAGCAGCAGCAGCCUCCGCCACCCCCUCCGCCCAGCAGCAGUAUGGCUUCCAGUACCCCUUUGCCAUGGCAGCAAAAUACGACGACUACCACCACGAGCGCUGGCACAGGGUCCAUCCCGCCAUGGCAACAGCAGCAGGCGGCUGCCGCAGCUUCUCCAGGAGCCCCUCAGAUGCAAGGCAACCCCACUAUGGUGCCCCUGCCCCCAGGGGUCCAGCCGCCUCUGCCGCCCGGGGCCCCUCCCCCUCCGCCGCCUCCGCCGCCUGGUUCCGCCGGCAUGAUGUAUGCCCCGCCCCCUCCUCCUCCGCCUCCCAUGGACCCUUCUAACUUUGUCACCAUGAUGGGCAUGGGGGUGGCGGGCAUGCCACCCUUCGGGAUGCCUCCAGCUCCCCCACCGCCUCCACCACAGAACUAGACUCGGUUUUUUAAGAAAAUAUAUAUUAUAUAUAGAGAGAAUUGGUCUCGUUUAAACACACGCCGAACCUCACCAUAUGGAGCCAGACAUUGGGACGCACGCAUGUGAUUGUGUGCACGCAUGUGUGUGUGUGCACGCACCGGGCUGGGCCAAGCGACUGAGGCCUCGCUUAGGAACGGGCAGGUGGUAGUAGGGGCGCCAGCUUGGGCUCUCCUGGCGCCCCGUAGCAUCGAGUGUCUUCUUUGUCUUCUUUCUCUCCUCACCCAAAUCCCUUUGCCUCUCCCCAAACCCGGGCCGCCAGGAUCCCUCCCCGCGGCGGCGAUGGCCCGAGCCAUGAGAGUGAGGACUUUCCGCGCCCAUUGGUGACCCUUCCAGGCAGACAGCCUCAGCAGCGCCCCUGGUGGACAGGAUGGUUCGGCAAAGCAGCCUGAGUUAUUUUUAUGGACGGAAUCGGAACACGCUGGCUCCAUAUUGUGAAAUUUUUUAUUAAUUUUUUCUUUUUCCUUUGUUAUUUCCUUACUUUUCCUUUCUUCAGACUCCGUCCAAGGAGAUGCUCUCCCCGGUCUUCUGCUGCAAUUAGAUUCCUUUCCUUUUUUCAUUCCUUGUUCUUCUCUUUCUAAGGAGAGAGGAACAAAUGGUUUUUAGGCAAAGGCUUUUGGCCAUCAGUGUCAGGCUAGUGCGGGGUUCCUUUGGUUCUAAGAUUUUCAAGGUGCCAUAGUUGCCCUGAGAAUUUUUUCUUUCCUAAUUUUAAGCGUGGGGUUUUGUCUCUGCCACCUUUGUAGACUAGCGGGUUGACCCCCAGGUCCAGGGUCCAUAUCCGUCCUGGCAUCCCUGCCAGCAUUCGGGGCCGCAUACGCCGCCGUGGGCUUGUCUGCCAGCCAGGAGCGCCCUUUCCACGCCCCUGAGCACCUGAGGUGCCUCAGAUUCCAUUUGUUCCUCUCUUUCCUGGAAGGCUUCCUUUUCAAAUUUAUUUUAGUCCCAAAUGUCAGUGUUUUGCAGUGUCUAGGGGUUUGAGCCCUUUGUUUUCCAUUCUGCUUCCUUUUUUUCCUCCUUCCUCUUCAUGGAGUGAUUAUGUUGACAAUAAUGUAUAAUGCGUGUUCUCUUCGCUGGUUUAUCUGCAGAAAUUUCUCUGGGCUUUUUUUUUUUUUUUUUUUUUUUUUCCUGGUGUAUGAUUCAACACUGCGUUAAAGGGGGAUAUUCCAUUGAAUAAAAGAGCAGUGUGGUU